AUGUCUGUGAACUGCCUCCUGAGAUACUCCAUCAGGUGAGUCUGCUAUAAUCGUGGGUUUUAUCUGAAGAGUAAGUGAUAGUUCUCCUCAUCUGUGGAUUUCAAACAAACAGACAAAAAAAGAUUUACAGAAGCAUAGUCAUUUUAUAAUAUAAUCGUAAAUAAAGUAAAGAACGUUUGGAUAAAAUAUAUUUAUAAACUUUUCCAUUUCAACAUUGGACAGAUCAUCCUUGCACUGUUAAAAACUAAAUAUAGGCUGUAAAUCAUAUUCAAAUGACCAAAAUCUGCUUUUAUGAACAUUUCACAGUGUCUAGUGUUUUGUGGACUUGCACCCGUCCAUCUCUCUCUGUUUUCUCAGUUUUUUUUUUCUUUUCUUUGGUGUCCUUAUGCCACUAAAGCAGGGGUUCCCAACCCUCGGCUUCUCCUCAGUGCUCUCAAAUUAACCUUGUUGUGUGGAUAAUAGCUGCCAAUAACAGUUGGACAUCAGUAACAACGUCAGUAAGAGUCAGAUUGUGUUCUGUUAAUGUUGUGGUCCUGAUAGUAAGAACACCGUGUAGAGUGGAAGUUAAACAGUUGGAUUACAGUUUCUCCAUUGCUGACUGUAGUGACACCUGUCCUUAUCUCUGUCUGCCUCACGUCAUCAAUUAAUAAUUAACAUCCGUAUCUUUCUUUCGCUGCAGGCUGGAGAGGAAACAUGUGGCGGCACAUUUAGUCCCUCACAGAUCUCUGUCUGGAGCAGAAGCUGUCAACGCUCUCAGACCGUUUUAUUUUGCUGUUCAUCCAGACUUCUUCGGUCAGCAUCCCAGAGAACGGGUACAUCUCCUAUGUCUCCUCACUUAUUCAUCUGAUCAAAUACACAGAUAAAUAGGUGGUUAUUUUCCAUAUUAAGUGACUGGACUGUAGCAGUGAAGCAUAUUUAGAAAUGAUGCACUCAGUAUGAUUCCUACUUGGAUUUGAUUAUCGUCACACAGUCUGAAGAAGAGAACAUGGAAAACUCAUUAACACCCCACGCUGAUCUAUUAACAGAGCACACUGAGAGGAUUGUGUUUUCCAAAUGUACAUUUCCAUUUGUGAAUAUGAGGUGUUUCUACCCUAACGUGCCAAUUACACAGUUAGUUGGUUGCCUGCAAAACAUGCAAUUUGUUGGACUAUUUAAACAAUUUAGUACUUGUUAUGUGGAAUCAGUGUAAAUUAGACCUGUGGUGUUUCAAUCUUUUGCCCUUGGUUUCUUUGGACAAAGAGCCAUUCAAAAUUACAAGGUGGUAAAUCAAAGUAGGCAGUUAUUUUUUCCUGUAUUUACUUUGAGGGAAGACAAGACAGAAAAGAUAGUGUGAGGAUUUGAUGAUUAGACUGUUUUCAUCUCUUAAUUACAAAAACACGAUUCAAACAACAUUCUUACUGCACACUCGGUGUAUUUAGGGGAAAUGAUAUUCUUAUAGUCUGGUUUGUUUUUAAAUAGUGUGACAUGAAUGUUACCAGGUGGAUUUGUGGCGCUAGUCUGUGGCUCUGCUCUGAUAGUUGUAUCAACAUUUUCACAUCAACACAGUAGAAGAAAAUAUCAACUGGGUGACUCACUUCCCCCCAUUUUUAACGUUCUGCAGGAGGUGAAUGAGAACUCUCUGAAAAGGCUGAAUGGUUACCUGGAUAACCUGCAGAAGCCUGGCUCUCGCUCUCUGCAGCCCAUGAAACUCACGUUUUAUGUGAGAGACACCAAGGAAGGCAGUGACGAGCAGCAGGACCUCCUCUCCACAGGUACCGCCUGCUUUAAUAAUGAUAGUCAUGAUGUGUGAAACACUAUUCAUGGAUGUGAUUGUGAAUGUAAACUUCCAUCUUGGCUCUCAGGGUUUCGCUCAGUGAGUUUCACUCUGCAAACCAACGAUGUGUUGAGCACAGUGAUGAACGUGUUGAAGUCCUGCAGCUUGCCUAUGGAGCACAUGAAGGGACUGAAGGGGAGUGCAGAGACGUCUAAAGGUGUACCUGGGACAGGUAUCCCUUUUUAUAGACCCAUCAGAUGGGACAAGAGCUACUACAGCUUCACCGGCUUCAGAGACCCCGAGCAGGAGCUGCAGCAGGCACAAAGGGUGGAGCCCACUCUAGGUAGGUCAGAAACACAGUUCAUUAUUAUCAUCAUCACUCUACCCCCUUGAGUCAGAUAACCUGCAGAGCGCUGAGAGAGCAGCGUCUCAUGUUUAAGAUCAACCUUGCAUGCAUUAAGAUGUCUAUUCAUAUCAAUUUUUCUGUAAUGGGACUGUGCAAUCACACUAGCACCUUGAAUUAACAGACCAUAGGGAAAAUGAGGAAAUUACACCAUGACCUUUACAAUCAGGACGAGACUAGAGAGAAAAACAGCCACUGGAGUCAUGAAGCAGAGAGCUGUGGUGUUAGAGGGGGUAGUUAACCAAAUCUGCAUACCAUAGUCAUAGUAUAUUUAACCAUACUGCAGAUUUGUCUUACAGAGUCUUUCUGUUUUCUCUCCAGCUUGUGGCUGAGAAACAACGAGCCAGAGGCCACAAAGAAAUACAACGCCAGUCUCCCCCGCAGAGAGGAGCUGAAGAGACUGAAGGAGGAGCUGUGCCACAGAUUUCACCUGUCUGACAUCAGGUACACUCCACACUUCACAGACACACUGCAGCAGUUUGGGCGUCAAAUGGUAGUUCAUGAUGAAAUUGAUCUCCAGGUUAGCAUCUCAACAGUUUCACAGCUAACCUUCCAAACUUACUUGAAAACGUAUACAAUUAGACCACUUAACAUAAACUGGGGAAGUGCAAAGUGGUGUAAACAGGCACUGGUUCCUCACUUAAAGCAGCAGCACUGCAUGUGGUGCUGAUAAUGAUGCUGAACAACAGGGAUCAAGGCAACGAUAUCUUGGGUGGCAACAACAUUAAAUAAUAAAGAAUUGAUCUUGAUGUAAGUGAGGAAUCAACAUAAAAAUAUACAGUAGAAAAUACUCAUGUAGCUAUGUUAAUGCAGCCUGAGGAAGAGCUGUGGGAGCAGCUAGUUACACCUUCAGUCUACCUCAACAUGUCCAUUCACCUGUUGGACAGCUCAAAUGUAGAUCCUGAAGUAUUUCCCUUGCAAUGUACCUCUCUGCAGGAUAAACUAGAGUUCAUUAUCAGAGAUGCUACUGUCAUGCAGGUCUGUUGAGCUUUCAUUUUAUGAUGGUGAUGAUGAUGAUGAUAAUAAUGAUGAUGUGUCGCAGGUGGCAGCGUAACUGGGGAGUAGCCCACAGGUGCAGCCAGCUACAGAGUCUGAGCCGGCUCUCUCAGCAGAACCCUGAAGCCCUGAUCAACCUACAAGGUAGGGAUGAGGACAGGCAUCUUGUCUGCACUUGUACACUGAUCUAUCAUCUGUAAACUCAGUCUGUCUGAUCACAGCACCAACACAUCCAACAUCCCUUUCUCCAACUGUUGUCCUAUCUGUUCCCAAUAUUUGAAAAACAUCUGAAUUUUCCCUUAAAAUUCGUCUGUCUCUCCAUGUAGGACACACAGUUGUGUUUACUGACCAGUCGGGGAUGAACGCAUCAGGACAUGUCAUGUUGGGAACCAUGGACGUCCAUCACCAGUGGAUCAAGGUAAGGAGAGCUUUACGUCUCCUGCUGUUCCCUGUUCUCUGGGCUCCUCCCAAUAAUUCUGACUCCUCCUCCUCCUCCUCAGCUGUUCGAGCAGCUGCCUGGUUACCGCAGCCUACAGCAGCAGACAGACUGGCUGAAGGAGCGGAUCAGCCUACUACUAGGAGGAGCCCAGGUGGUUCACAAGGAGAGACUGGGACCAGUUCAGCCCAUUGCAGAGCACUACAGUACCCUGAGCAUCUUCCACAAGAACCUGUUGUCAGGACGCCUCCUUCUGCACCCCCGCAGCCUGCAGGGCCUCACCAUGCUGCUGGAGAAGUAUGUUGUCCCCCCAGUCUGAACACCACAAACUGUGGACACAAAAUUUAUGACCCAUUGCUGCAUGAAGUCACACAUUAUUUAUUUUUGUACUGUUCACAGUGACCGCUCGAGCCCCAGUCUACAUGAAAUGGGACACUUCCUCAUUCCCACCAACUGUGACCCUCCCAAGCUGCAGGCUUUCCUACAGAGCCACGCUCCUGAAGCCAGGCAGCGCACACAACGCCGCAAACAGUGAGUCCCACAUAUUGCAACAGAAGUUAGCAAAUUUUAAAUUCACCUUGAUCUAACCAGGAAAAAACACACUGAGAUCAAAAACCUCUUUGAUAGGUGUGUCCUGGCCAAGACAGGCAGCAGUACAGUUACCAAGACAUUGACAGACACAUUUUCAGCCAUUCAUAAUGUCAGGAAAGGAAUCACAAUCAAAACCGGCUUAGUCGAUCACAAUAUAAACAUUACACACCCAUGCAAUCCCAAAGCCCCAUGGUCACUCAGAGGGAACAUCUGCAGAUGGUUGAGUUCACCUCCAAGUCAUUAACCUUUUUUUUUUUUGUUCAAAGAGACUAAGUCUUUGAGUUUCAGUGUCUUUUUUUAGUUUGUUCCAAGUUAUAGAGGCAGCAAACAUAAACGCCCUUUUGCCCAGAUAAGUGCUAAAUCUUGGGACGGACAACAAGAGCGCAUCCAGGGAACAGAGUUGAUAGGACCCAGAGCUCCUUUCACUGAUGAGGGAGAGAAGGUAGGAGGGUCCGAGACCGAGAACUGCUUUAUGAAUGAAUAGCUGCCAAUGCUUUAGCCUCUGGGAGGACAAGGAAGACCAUUCAACCUGUCUCAUAUCAAGAAUUAAGAGCAUGCAGACUCUGGUCUUGGACUAUGGGGUUGUUCUAUACAUGCACACCACAUCUCAAUCAUUCAGACACACCAGCUGUCUGAUAUGUGUGGGUUUUUUAACAGUGAUCAAAGUCAAUACAGCUGGAGUAAUUGAAUGUGUUUGAAGUAUGGUGUGUUUAUUGUAUUUGUGGAAAUAUUUCUUCACAAAGGAAUUUUUUUUUAUAAUCAACUCAAGAAAUUCACUAAAUGAAGUUCGUUGUCCAGGAACGGCAAUUCAAGCUGGUUUUUAAAAAUCUUUCCCUCUCUCUUUCUGUCUCUCCCUCAGACUGCAGGCCGAAGAGGAGUCCAAGCUGCAGCUGUGUCUUCAAACUCUGUCUCUGAGGAGUCUGUCAAAGGAGCCCAGCGUCUCCUCCUCUCAGAUGAUCCAGUGCUGUCAGAGGCUGCUGGAGCAGCCAUCCCCCCUCCUGCAGGGCCUCCAUCUUUGCGUGUCCCACUUCUUCUCUGUCAUGCAGGAUGGGGACCUGUGCGUCCCCUGGGACUGGAAGAGCUGAGGAGGAUUCUGAGACCUCCUGCAGGUGGUCUGUUAGUGGUUUUAGAUGUUCGAGGGGAUCAUCGGUUAGACCUAAGCUUAUCAUAGGCCGAUUUAGAUCUGUUAACUCUAAAGGUAAACCUUUGGGAGACUAACAGUUUAAAGGUUUAUUACAGCUUCAACCUCCUGCUGGAACAGACGAACAGACAGAGGGGGACUUGGGAGGUACAUAAUCUGGGGGCCAGGACCCCCUGAGGAUGGCACAGUGUUUCUGAAGAAAGGGAAGAGGAUCUCUCCUUCUGUGUUUUAUUCACAUUUAAUCUUGUCCUGUGAGACCCUUUGGAAUUGAAGCUCUGCAGUGUUCAGUCUAACUCUUGAGCGCCACACGGUGUCUGAUUUAACUGCCGUUCUGUCUACAUGUGAGGGUCAGAGCCAAUCAGAGGAGUGUUGGUGUUAGUGCAAUAAGACGAAGACUUCUUUUCACAGGGUUUGAGGUCUUCACGGGUACAAUGACUCACAGUUGUUUGAGGCUGUAGUUUUGAUAAUGCUGAGAAGAAGCUAUGAAAGGUUGUACGAAGGGCACAAUCUAAAACCCAUAUUGAUUUUAAAACUGCCAAUCCCUGAUAAUAACAAAGCACUUUCUGCUUUACACUGAACUGUAAGUGAAAUAGGGGUCGCACACUGUAGCGCCACAUGUAGUUUUCUUCAACUUGAGGACAUUUAAAAAAAAAAAUCACAAGCCAUCAAACGCUGAUAAGACGCCUGAAACUGGCUAAAAACACUGUUUUCUUUUGCAUGUCAGUGGAUCAUAGUGACCUCGGUCUAACAGAGUGAUUUAACAAACUGAUCCUCGUAAAUCUGUCUCUGCAUCUCAAUCCUCCUUUUAUUUAUCUCUACAGAGACAGAAAUCUUUAUGUGAUUGAAGCUGUAGUUAAGGUCAGUAUUUAACCAAACCAGAAGUUUAAAGCAAACGAGGUUUUGUUCAGCAGUGACAAAUCUCAGUGUUUUUAGCCUGAAUCAGUACUGAAAAUCAGCAGUUCAGAGUGGUGACCCUUUCAUGUUGGUUACCGCACACUACAGAGUGAAUGUGAAUCUAAAAAUAAUGAGAUUUUGAACUGUUCUUCCAGCUGAUUUAAUUCAGUCACUUAAGAUCUAUCUAAAAACUUUGUACAAUUCAAGAUAAAAGUAUCGUUUUACAAAGCAAGAAACAAGGAGGACAAAAAUAAACCUCCUAAUAAAAGCCUGACAGAUAUUUGUUUUCUGAGGUAAAUCAUGAAUGUGAACCCCAAUGAUGACUGAAAGUUAAUCGUGUUUAUUGGUAAAGUUUUUGAAUUGAAGUCAUCUGACCUUUCCUUAUUUUCAUGAUUGUGUCGUUUCAUUUUCAAAACUAUUGUUUUUUUUAUUUUAUGACCACAGCAAGCAUGUGGAGAUCACCGUCUGUCAUGACAGUCCUAGACUGAAUCCUCUUCAGUUCUCUACUAAGAAACAUUUCUCUGUUGUUUUUGUAAGGUUGGUUGUAUGAGCUACAUAUAGAUAGUAAGUCCAUUACCCACAGCGGGUCCUGGUCAGUUCAGUUGCUUUGUUCCAGCGUUGAAGCCAUGCCAUUAACCUCUUCAAGUCAGUUCUACCAAGUAAUUUAACUCAUUUGAACAAGUGCCAACCAACGCAUUACUCCCAGAUUGGGUGCCAGCUCUCUUUAGAAAUGUACUUUCAAAGGUUUUUCUGAUGUUUCUCUCCUUUUAAAAGAGAGAUCUGUCCAGAUAGAGUCUGCAGAGGCUGACAGUCCAACUUCUCUGCUGGUUCCACAACAAGCUGACUGGUCCUCUGUGGGUAAUAUACACUUCUGAACAAAAUCUUUCCACCAGGUGAAAAACUACAAGUCGAGCUUCAGUUGUUGGGCAGGCGGGACUAUUUAGAGAUACAGAAAUUAAAGAUGUCAGAAAAUGCCUUGAGUCUGAAGGUUUUGGUGGAUUCUUCAGACAUUUUUUGAGCCAACAAGCACUUUUGUAAGACUAUAGUCAAAUGAAUCAUGGACGUGUGAACUCUGUGGUGUUUGUAAGCUGUGUGCAGACAAUCCUGGACCAUCAACAAAGACUGUCCGUGUGUUACAAUUUAGAUCCAGCUCCAGAGAGACCAGGAUUGACCUGGUCCGAGACUGAGCUUUAUGAUGGACCGGUUUGGUGUACAGUCCAAAGUGUUUGUAUUGAAGUGUUACUGUUGGACACAUGAGGACAUUGAGUGCUGCUGUGAUCCAUAUUCAAACUCUGUCUAUAUUAAAAAGUUUCCUCUGGAAUAGAAACAUUUCA